AUGUUCUCACGACGAAGCUUCGAACGCUUCUGCGCACUGGUUCUCAGCCUUGCUGCCACUGGCACACUUGUUGAAGCUGGGACCUGUGAUAUCUAUGCCUCCGGAAACACGCCCUGCAUCGCCGCGCACAGCACCACUCGCGCUCUGUACAGCGCCUACACCGGCGCACUCUACCAGGUGCAGCGUGGCUCCGAUGGUACCACAGUCAACAUCUCGCCGCUUUCUGCUGGUGGGGUUGCCAAUGCCUCUGCCCAGGAUAAAUUCUGUGCAAGCACAACCUGCUUAAUCACGGCCAUUUAUGACCAGUCUGGCCGCGGUAAUCAUCUCAAGCAGGCUCCGCCCGGAGCCUUCCAUGGCCCUGAAGCUGAUGGCCACGAUAACCUGGCCAGCGCGAUUGGCGCACCGGUCACUCUGAACGGCCAGAAGGCCUAUGGCGUGUUCAUAUCUCCAGGCACCGGUUACAGCAACAACGCCGCCAGCGGCACGGCCAUUGGGGAUGAACCGCAGGGUAUGUACGCGGUACUUGAUGGAACCCACUACAACGAUGGCUGCUGCUUUGACUACGGCAAUGCGGAGAUCAGUAGUACCGAUACAGGCAACGGCCACAUGGAGGCUAUUUACUAUGGUGAUAACACCAUCUGGGGCUCCGGUGCUGGGAGUGGCCCUUGGCUCAUGGCUGACCUGGAGAACGGUCUGUUCUCUGGCCUCAGCCCGAGCAACAAUCCUAGCAACCCGUCGCUAUCAUACCGGUUUUUCAGCGCGAUUGUCAAGGGAGCGCCAAACUUGUGGGCUCUCCGUGGUGGCAACGCUGCAUCUGGAUCCCUAUCGACGUACUACAGUGGCGCGCGCCCAAGUGUGUCUGGAUACAACCCAAUGAGCAAAGAGGGUGCCAUCAUCCUUGGUAUCGGUGGUGACAACAGCAACGGCGCCCAGGGCACGUUCUAUGAGGGCGUGAUGACCUCCGGCUACCCGACCGAUGCCACCGAGAACGCAGUGCAGGCUAAUAUCGUAGCUGCCAAAUAUGCUACCUCAUCGCUGACUAGUGGGACGGCCCUCACUGUCGGAUCCUCGAUCUCCCUGCGGGCCACCACUCCCGGCUAUACGACGCGCUAUAUCACACACACUGGCAGUGCCGUCAAUACCCAGGUUGUCUCAUCAUCCAGCACCACCGCUCUCAAGCAACAGGCUAGCUGGACGGUUCGUGCCGGUCUUGCAAAUAGUGCUUGCUUCUCAUUUGAAUCCGUCGAUACCCCAGGAAGCUUCAUCCGGCACGCUGCCUUUGGACUCACGCUCAGCACCAACGACGGCACAAAGUUAGUCUCCGAAGACGCCACAUUCUGCCCGCAGACUAGCUUGAAUGGCCAGGGCAGCUCAAUUCGAUCCUGGAGCUAUCCCACCCGCUACUUCCGCCACUAUGAGAACGUGCUCUACAUUGCGAGCAACGGCGGUGUCCACACAUUCGACUCUGCCACCUCUUUUAACAACGACGUGAGCUGGGUUAUCACCGCUGGAUUUGCGUGA